CUCUUCGGAAAAAAACCUGAGCCCCAGGGAGGCGGCGAGGAGCGACCGGGUUAGGGCUGGCGGGAACCGCGAGAGAGUGCGCUGGGCAGCGCUCGAGGACCAGUGGGAGCUUGGCCGCAGAGGACCCUCGAGACCUGCUUCUGAGAUCCCAGCUCCACGCUCUCCUCCCAUUUUACAGAUCCACCCCCCCACUCCCCGCGACUACAUCUCCCCAAAACGGAGCCUUUAUAUGAAGAGAAGGUGAGGGAGCUGGGGCAACCACGACUUUCCCGGGCACCCAAGAUGCGCUCCAUUAGGAAGAGGUGGACGAUCUGCACGAUAAGUCUGCUCCUGAUCUUUUAUAAAACAAAAGAAAUAGCAAGAACUGAGGAGCACCAGGAGACGCAACUCAUCGGAGAUGGUGAGCUGUGUUUGAGUCGAUCACUUGUCAAUAGUUCAGAUAAAAUCAUUCGAAAGGCUGGCUCUUCAGUCUUCCAGCAUUCUGUAGAAGGUUGGAAAAUCAAUUCCUCUUUGGUCCUAGAGAUAAGGAAGAACAUUCUUCGUUUCCUAGAUGCAGAACGAGAUGUCUCAGUGGUCAAGAGCAGUUUUAAGCCUGGUGAUGUCAUACACUAUGUGCUGGACAGACGCCGGACACUAAAUAUUUCUCAGGAUCUGCAUAGCCUCUUACCUGAAGUUUCACCAAUGAAAAAUCGAAGAUUUAAGACCUGUGCAGUUGUUGGAAAUUCUGGCAUUCUACUAGAUAGUGAAUGUGGAAAAGAGAUUGACAGUCACAAUUUUGUAAUAAGGUGUAAUCUAGCCCCUGUGGUGGAGUUUGCUGCAGAUGUGGGAACUAAAUCAGAUUUUAUUACCAUGAAUCCAUCAGUUGUACAAAGAGCAUUUGGAGGCUUUCGGAAUGAGAGUGACAGAGAAAAAUUUGUGCAUAGACUUUCCAUGCUGAAUGACAGUGUCCUAUGGAUCCCUGCUUUCAUGGUCAAAGGAGGAGAGAAGCACGUGGAGUGGGUUAAUGCGUUAAUCCUUAAGAAUAAACUGAAAGUGCGAACUGCCUAUCCGUCACUGAGACUUAUUCAUGCUGUCAGAGGUUACUGGCUGACAAACAAAGUUCCCAUCAAAAGACCCAGCACAGGUCUGCUCAUGUAUACCCUAGCCACAAGAUUCUGUGAUGAAAUUCACCUGUAUGGAUUCUGGCCAUUCCCUAAGGAUUUGAAUGGAAAAGCUGUCAAAUAUCAUUACUAUGAUGACUUAAAAUACAGGUACUUUUCCAAUGCAAGCCCUCAUAGAAUGCCAUUAGAAUUCAAAACAUUAAAUGUGCUACAUAAUAGAGGAGCUCUGAAACUGACAACAGGAAAGUGCAUAAAGCAAUAAAGCACAUCUGAAACAUACAAAGAGACUGAAUAUGCACUUCUUUUCUGAAGAUGCUUCCUAAGAUUUGAAAACAGGAUCCAAAACAAGACUGGGUUUCAGCAUCCACCACUUAUCUGAAAGGUGAUAAAGGACGUUCAUGAGAAAUGCACUACCAACUGAUGAAAUACCUGCAAAGUGCUCUGAAAAUUAAGUAUUUUGACUUCAAGGGUCCUAGUAAGUGCCACUUCCACUAAGAACACAGUUUGAAUGUAUAAUCAGUAGUGUUUACAAGAUCCAACAAUGCACUCGUCAUUAGUUAAUGAAUCAAAAAUGUUCAUCACUGUUGGGCUGCCACUGCAACGCCAAGCACAUGAGAAGAGGAACCCAGGAACACAACUCAGCCCUUGGGGAAACUGAACCGUCCUGUCAGCAGAAAUCAAGAUGGAAACAGUUUGAGCAGUGAAAUCCAUAAGAUUAAACAACUCAAGUAAAUGCCUUCAGUCAGGAUUCUGAGUCUGAUCAUGAACUUUAUGUUUUUGUUUCUGUUCUUGUUUGCCUUCUGGAAUCUCUUUUGGUUUGGGUAUUGGGGUGCUUCGAAAAUCCUUCUGAGAUAAAAAUGAAAGAGAUAAAUAACCUUCAAGUGAUCAUUUUUAAAGUUCUUUUAUUUUUAAAGUGUUAUCACACAAUGACUUUGUAAAAAAAGUUUUAUUUUGCACAACUCUAAACCUCCAGAUUUUUUCCCAACCGUGUAGAAGGUACCAGAUAAACUGUAUCACUCAGUAAUUUUGAGCCAUUCUAAAGGAAAGAUAAACUCUGUCAUUUGAGAUGGUAAAAUUAGCAGGAAAAAAAAUGUUCUUUUGGUACCAAAGAUUAUACUGAUGUGUCUACACAACAAACCAUUUUCCUUUCAUGAAAAUAACAUAUUAAUAUAUUAUUAUGCUACUAAAGUGAAAGUUGUCUCUAGGUAUUUUAAAUUUUCCAAAUUCAAACUUUAUUUUUAUUUGAAGGAAGGUUCCACAGCUUUUACACUUCAUAAUGAUUUUGUGGAAACAUUUUGCCCAUUAGAAUAAAUGUUUGAUAGGGCUAAAAUGUGACUUUUCUUUGAUAUCCCCCUUGUUAUUCAAAUGGAAAGAUUGGCAUGCUCUCUAGAUUAUUGUUAAAUUUUCUUAGUGCCGAAAUAAUAUGAUUAAUGGAGUAUUGUUUUCGUCACGGAGAUGAUUAAUUUUAAGAGGUUUAACAAUGAAACUGUACAUCAGUAUUUUGCACUUCAGAUUAAUUAAA